GCCAAAUAUGGAUCAGUUUUUUAACAAAAAACUGCGGAAUACAAAAGGCAAAGUUGGAACCAAGACUCCACUUGGAUUCUUGUCAGGUGCAAUGGGGCUCUUGUUAUAAUAUGCCAAAAUGCGCCGCGGUCGCUUAUUCCCUUCUUCUUUCUCCCCGCCAUGACUUCCUACCUUCAAAAAGCAGGUACAAAGCUCUUUGAAAAGAACCUCGAGCAAUACAGACCCGAAGACCCGUUGUACGAGUUUUAUACUGACAAGCGCGGCAAACAGCGUCGUAGAAAGCGCGCGAUACCUCCAGGCCUUUCAGCACGUGAUGCAAAGAUUCUCAAGUCUGUGCAGCGUCGUGCUCACUACCUAGACAAAGGCUUCUCCAUUUGUGGCCUCCGAUUUGGCUGGACCUUCAUCAUUGGCAUUAUCCCUGGCGCCGGUGAUGUCGCUGAUGUUACGCUUAAUUAUUUCCUGGUCGUCCGUAAAGCAAGGCAGGCUGAACUACCAACUUGGCUCGUGCGCCGCAUGCUCCUCAACAAUGCAAUAUCGGCUUUGAGCGGCCUUGUGCCCGUAGCGGGUGACGUUGUCAUGGCCGUGUUCAAGGCAAAUUCAAGGAACGCCGCGCUUCUGGAGGAGUUUUUGAGGAUAAGAGGGGAAGAAUUUUUGAAGGUGCAGGCGGACCAGGCGCAGGGAAGUCAGAGUGUGCCUGGGAAGGAUUCAAAACAGCUUAAGCCUGGCGCGGGCAUGUCAGACAAUGCGGCAGCGACUGCACCGCAGCAGAAGACGAAAUUCGUGUCUUGGAGCCGUCCCAGCCGCAAAGAAAAGGAGCGUGCCCCUAGUACCCCUGGUGAAAUGGGAAGGUUCGUCGAAGAUGUGGAGUUAGGUGCCACAACAUCCAGUGGAGAGGCGAAGGGCAAUCCCAUUACGGUGCAGAAAAGAUAAGAUUGGAGGUUGACAAAUCUACACUCUGAUGUGGUAUACACGAACUUUUUUUCUGAACCCAUUCUAUACACGGAGUGUUCUCUAUAAUAACAUUAUAUACCUGUGCUUUGCAUGUACUGUAGCUGGUUUGUCUGUUGUCUAAGUGGAUCAAUCAUAUCAUAGGAGCCUAAGAUAGUUGUGGACUAGUUGCAGGUACGUACGAGUGACUGCGCAAGUCAGGAUAACAUAGUUGUGCAUUGCUUUGAGAAC